AACCACAGGUUAAUCACGUGACCUGGGUUCUACAUUCUGUUGUACACUAGUCGGAAGUGAAUGGUCUGUUCUAAUGAGAUUACAUUAAAACGAUGGAUAGAAUAAAGCUGUAAGUGGAUCCAAACAGAAGAAAAGACUUGAGGCUUGACUAUAAAGCAGAGUGAUGGAGGCACAGAGCUCCCACCCCUUCAGUGCCGAAGCCAAACACCAGGUUGCAGAAAAGACAGCAGGGGACCCUAAUCAUGAUAACCCUCCACUUCCAGAGCUGCGUCUGGUCCUACUAGGCCGCAAAGGAACUGGGAAAAGUUCUUCAGGAAACACCAUUCUUGGCAUGGCUGGAGGAUUUGAGAGUGGAAAGCCGACAGAGGAGUGUGUGAAAAGACGAGCUGACAUAGCAGGCUAUCGAGUUACAGUGGUGGAUACUCCAGGGUGGGAAUGGUACUAUUCUGGCAAUGGCACUCCAGGCUGGGUGACAAGAGAGACAAUGAGAAGUGUGACAGUCUGUCCACCUGGACCCCAUGCUUUGCUUCUGGUGAUACGGUCCUCUGCCUCGGUAACAGAGGACUAUUAUGGACAGGUUGAAGAACACCUGGAACUUUUGGGCAAGACAGCAUGGACUCACACCAUGCUCCUAUUCACACGUGGGGAGGAACUAGGCUCCAUUCCCAUAGAACAAAGAUUACAAAAUGCUGGAAAGUCACUUCAGAAACUUCUUGAGAGGUGUGGAAACAGGUUCCAUGUGUUCGAAAACAAACGCUGUGGCAAAGAUGGUGCUCAGGUGCAAGAACUGAUAAGGAAAAUAGAGGAGAUGGUAAAGGAAAGAGGAGGAAAACAUUAUGAAUGUGAUCCUUUACUACUAGGGAUUGAGAUGGAGGGGAAACGGAGAGCAAGAGAAAGAAGAAAGAAACAAAGAAUAAUGGAGAUUCAAGCACAAAGAGGGAUCAUAAAAGCUGUGCUGACAACUGAUAUUUCACUACCUGAGGACCUGGAUGAAACAAGUUUGUUCUCCAGGGGUUCCCGUCGUGUCCCAGAACUUCGACUCAUCCUCCUUGGAGAAAGAGAGACUGGGAAAAGCUCUGCUGGGAAUACCAUCCUUAGAGGGUCUACAUUUUUCCAAACAGGCCAGGCCACAGAGGAAUGUUCAAGGCAGCAAGCAGAAAUCUCUGGAAGACUGGUGACAGUAGUAGAUGUUCCUGGAUGGGAGGGUGGUCCUGAAGGAAUCACAACAGACAGAAUAAAGCGGGAGAUCUGUGCUAGUGUGACACUGUGUCCUCCUGGUCCUCAUGCCCUUCUGUUGACACUGAGGGUGGAUGCCCUAGUCAGAGCUACAGCUGUAAGAGAGCACUUGGAGUUACUCGGGGAAGGAAUAUGGAGAUAUACCAUACUGCUAUUCACAAGAGGUGAUCAGCUGAGAGAGGGGGUUACUAUUGAGCAACACAUCCAAGGAGGAGGGAAAGAUCUUCAUUGGCUAAUGGAGAAGUGUGCAAAAAGAUAUCAUGUCAUCAGCAGCAUUGUCUUGGAAGGUGACAGCUCUAAAGCUCAGGUAACCUCACUUUUAGAAAAGAUUGAGAAAAUGGUUUCAUGUAAUCGAUGUGAGGCUUUCUCACCAGUUGUGCAGGAGAUUCAGGAGCUUGGGAAGCAAAAGAAUGAAAGGUUCAAUGUAAAGCUAAAAGAAGUUAACGAAAAGCUUCAGCGUCAAGACCUGGAGCUCAAGCGGAUGAGAGAAAGGGAGGUUAAAAGCAUCAGGCGGAUUUUUGACUGGAGGAAAGACAAAGUGAAAUCACGAGGAAAAACAACUAGAGAAAGGGAGGAGGGAAUGGAUAGAACUGAUGAUGACAGAAAGAGUAUCAUGAGCGAGCUAGAGGAGAGGAUGGUUUGGUUAACAGAGGACAGGGAGAGAGAGCUUCAGGAGCUGAGCCUGGAAAACAGCAGCCUAAUUGCAGCUCUAAAUAAGGGGAGUAAAGAGAGGGGAGAGAUUCUAAUGAAGUUAGAUGAAAAAGAAAAAGAGAAUGAAGAAUUAAAAGAAAAGGUGGAUGAGCUGCAAGUUAAUGUCCUUGAGCUUAAACGUGUAAGCAUUUUGAAAGAGCAAGAAAGAAAAGAAAGAGAAGAAGAGCUCAUGAAAAGGCAUGAGGAUACUGAAAAUGAGCUGAAAGGGCAGUUGGAUCACAAAAAGAAGGAGGAAGAGGAGCUAAGAAGAACAGUUGUGGAGCUGCAGAAGCUGAUGGCAGAAUCAAAACAAAAAUAUGAAGACGAUAUUUUAAAUGAGAAACAAGAGCAGGAGAGAAGACUAACAGAGAAACACGAACUUGAGAAAAAGCUCGAAGAGAAACAGAAAGAGAUGGAAGUAAUUAAACUGAAAAGUGAAAAUAAAGUAAGGGAACAAGAGGAAAAAUUGAGAGAGAUGAAUGAAAAGAGGGAAGCAGAGAAGCUUAAACUUAGUGAAAUGAUAGAGCUGAUGACAAAAGAAAUGGAAGAUUUGCAGGUUGCUUACAGAAAAGAAGUGGAAGCUUCUGGAUCUGCAAGAAAAAUACAUGAAAAUAUUGUAUUAAAAUACAACGAACUUAUAGAUAAACUUGUGGGGAAAGAUGAAGAACUUGUUGCCAUACAGCAGAGACAAAAUCAGCAAGAGAUGGCUAAAAAUGUUGAAAUCAGUGACUUGGUUAAAAAACUUACGGAGAAAGAGCAGGAGAUUGAAACACUAAAACAAACUAUUGAUGCCAAACAGAGAAACAUAGAAAAUGUGCAAAAUGAUAGUAAGGCAAAAACGGCUGAACACACUUCCAGGAUAAAAUAUUUGGAGGAUGAGUACAAAGAGAUGGAAGAGUUCUUAAAAGGAGAAAAUGGGAUUUUAAAAGAGGAAAUAGAGGUAAUGAAGAAUUUGAAUGAGGAGAAUGCUAGAAAAAAAGAAGAUGACACAAGGAAGAUCUUAGAGGUGAAAGAAAACACUAUUAACUAUCUGCGCCAACAGAAUGAAGAGAGUGGAGCUAACAUAGAAGAAUUAAAAAAGCAGCUAAAUGAAGUCCAGAUAAUGGUGGAGAAUCUACAAAAUCAGAAUGAAGCACUCAUUCAGGAGUUAGAAGGAAUUCAAAUAACAUGUGAGGACUAUAAAAAGGACCUGCAGUCCCAGAUAAUAAAAAAUGAGAGCAGAGAGAAGGAUUUUAAAGAUAUACUCAACCAAUCUGAAGAAUUGGGAAAAAUCAAAGAUGCACUGAACCAAGAGAACAUUAAAAAGAAGGAACAUGAGAUUUGUUUGUUGAAAGAGAGAAAUCAAACACAACUAAUGGAACUGGAGUUUAUGGAUCAAAGGAGUAAAGAGCUGGAAAAGAAGACUGAAGAGAUGAAAAAAUACUAUGAGGAGACGCUUUCAGAAAGGAUUGCGGAAAUGGACGUUAAAGAUGCAGAGAGAGAGCAAAGACUUCACAAUAAAGAGCUGGAGCUGUGCGACAGAGAGCAAAUCUUAGGUAAAAAUAUGCAAGAGCUUGAAAGAGGUAAAAAAGAGGUGAAAAACAGAGAUGAUGACAUUAACUGCAGAGAACAAGAACUAAGAGAUGAGAAACAGCAGCUGGAUAGAAGAGAACAUGAAGUAAGGGAAAAGGAAAACAAACUGAAACACCAGUGCCAAAAUAACCAAAUACUCCAGGAAAACCUAGAGAGAAGAGAAAAGGAGCUGACAGAAAGAGAAACGGAACUUGAAAGCAAGCACGAAGAACUGAGGGAUGUAUCUGAAAAGCAGGAAGUGGAAAGAAAACAUAUCAAGAAGCAGCUAGCAGAGAAAGAAAUUUUCUUGAGGAAAAUGGAAGAGGAACUUUCAGUAAAACAAACUGAUCUUCAAGAUCAGUUAAAAGAAUUGGAAUGCCACAGAGAGAACUUAGACAUCAGAGAUAAGGAAUUCAGCAAAAGAGAGCAACAGUUAAUUGAAUCAGAGCAGUUACACGAGGGCGAGAUGCAAAAACUGACAAAAGGCAUGCAGGAACUGGAGCAAAAUAAGCAGGAUUUUGAAAAGUGGCAAGCAGAGCUAACUAUAAAGGAAAAUAGUCUGAUGCAAAGAUCAACUGAAUUUCAGAAAAAAGAGCAGGAGCUUUUACAGAGAGAACAUGAACUUCAGAUUAAAAUGCAAGAUCUGUUAGAAACAAAUAAAGAGAUAGAAGGACAUGAACAGGAGCUAUUGAAAAAGCAAGAAAUCCAGGCAGUUGCAACUGAUCAACUGAAAAAUGAAUUACAGACCAUCAAAGAUGCAUUAGAAAUAAGGGAGCAAGAACUGAAGAAUACUGCGGAUAUGCUUUACAAAAGAGAGCAAGAAAUUGAAGAUAGAGUAAAAGACUUGGAUAUAAAGGAAAAACAAAUUGAGAAGAAAUAUGAAGAAUAUGAGGCUUCAGCGAAAACACUGGACAGUAAGCAGAAAGCACAAAGAGAAUUUUCUGAAAAGCAGGAAAAGGAACUUGAAAACAUUAGGCAACACCUAGAAGAGAGCAAAAAAGAACUGAUGACAAUGCAAGAUGAACUUUCGGUAAAACAAAUCAAUCUCCAAAAAGAAAAGAAAGACUUUGAGAGUCUCAGAGCGAAUCUGGAUAACAGGGAAAAGGAAAUUAGGAAAAUAGAGCAAGUGCUCAUGAAUUCAGAGCAGUUGCAUGAAGUCAAGGCACAGGAAUUAUUAAAGGGAUCACAGGAGCUGGAGAAAAGCAAGAAAGAUAAUGAGAAAUGGCAAGCUGAACUGACUAAUAAAGAAUAUGAUUUGUUUCAGCAGCUAAAAGAGCUUCAGAAAAAAGAACAGGGGCUUGCACAGAGAGAAAAUAACCUUCAACUAAAAAGCCAAGAGCUACUGUGCAAAAAUGAUGAGGUUAAACCAGCUCAGCAACAGCUUCUGAACAACCACCAAUGUCAGAUGACUGAAAAACGGGAAAGCCAAUUAGAAGAUUUCAAAGAGACCUUAGCGAAAAGGGAGCAAGAACUCACUAAGAAAGAAGAUGAGUUUCAGAAACGAGAGGAAAAUAUCAGGAGUGCAGAAAUAUAUUUGGAAAAGAGAGAGAUAAUUGUGCAGAAAAAGGAAAGAGAGGUCCAAAUGAACAAAGAGCAAAAUGACCACAUGUUAAAUGAUCUCAAGAAAAAUCAAGAGAAAUUAGAAGAAAUGAAUCAUUCUUUAGAAACAAAACAGCAUGAGUUAAGUGGCCUGGAGAAAGAAAUUAGCAUCAGAGAGAACAACAUCACAAAUAAAGAACAAGACCUGAAUAAACGGCAUAAAGAAUUGGAUAUUAAGGAGCACAACAUGGAAAACCGUGAACUAGAACUUAAGUUGAGAGAUCAAGCAUUCAAGAAAACAGAACAAGAGUUGAACGAUCUAAAUGUAACACUUGAAUCCAAGAAGAAAUAUUUAGAAAAUCAUACAGCUGAAUUAGAGAACCAGAAAAGUGAGAUGAACAUUGAGAAACAAAUGAUGAAAAUGAAAUCAGAGCAGCUGGAAAAGUGGGGGAAAUAUCUAUACAACAUGGAGCUUAAAAUGAUCAACAGCAAUCCAAGUCCUGAUUUUAAACCAUGGAAUCAAAAGAGAACAUCUAAUGUUAUACAGUCACAGAACAGUGAAAUAAUGUAUCAAGAGGUUGGAUUUGAAAGUACAACCUAUGAUAGAGAAAAUGGAAAUAGCAGUGCAGGAGAUGAUGACCACAGUGUUGAAAUGGCUUCAUCAUCUGAAACCACAUACAACGAGCUUGAGAAUGAGGAGUUAGCAUGCCUAGUUAAAAGCAGAGGACUAGAGGUAAAGAUGGAAGUACAAGGGAAUGAAGCAAACAGACAGGAAACAGACACAAUUAAUAAAGAGGAUGAUACUGAGGAAUUCCUUGAACCAGCCAGUUCUGACGACCAAGUGGCUCACGGUUUAUUCUACCCACUUUCUGAACUCAAGCUGAUGCUCAUAGGCGAAGCUUGGUCAUCACACCAGUCAGCUACACGCACAAUCCUGGGACAAGAUGUCAAGGUUGGCAACCCAUGGAGAGGAAACAUAUCUGGCAAGCCCUUACUAGUCGUGGAGCCCCAUGGGAUAAAAUGGAGAUGUUCCAGAGAUAUGAAUAUGAAUUUUCAAAAGGAUCUCAUACACAGUGUUUCUCUGUGCACACCUGGACCUCAUGCCUUCGUUCUUCUCCUGCCUGCUUAUUUAACCUUCACAAGACAGUACAGGAAAGCAGUGGAGUGCACUAUGGCCACGCUGGGGGAGGCUGCUUGGAAACAUACUAUUGUUCUGUUUACAUGGGCAGAGGCUCUUGGAGAAAGUGGACAACAACACAUAAAGAGGAAUGGGGACUUGGAAUGGCUCAUCCAAAAAUGUGGCAGUAGAUAUCAAGUGCUGGAUAACAGACAUAGGGAAGCUCAUGUAGUACAACUAUUGGAGAUGAUUUAUGAGAUGGUGGCAGCAAACCAUGGAUGUUAUUACCAAGCAAAGUAAAUAUGUUUCAGGGCCACAGAACUUUUGUAAAGAUGUACCCAAAAAUGUUGUAAAAUCAGGAUCUGAGUUUUCAUGUAUUUUGUUCAUGUAUUUGUUAAUAAAUAAAUGCAAACUAUGGGGUGGUAAGUAAUAAUUUUGUAUUCUUUAUUUAGAAAGGAACAUUUUUGGACGCAGAAUCUGAAAGGGUUAACAUUCUGACGUGAUAGAGCCACUGCGACACCUGCUGGCUCCAUUGCACUCUUAAUUUUACAUAACUCCAAAAUUCUACUAUGAUACCAGUUAGGGCUCUGUUGUAGCUUCUGUGUCAAACAGAAUCCUAUUCAUUUAUUCGCUCAAAUUCAGAACAAAGUUCGAAGUACUGACCACGUGCAAUUUGGAUUGCUGUCACAAUUUAAGAAUGUAUAAUUGCAGAGAAAACUGUAACUGGAUAGAAACUGUGAAUGUGAUCAAUGCAAUUUUACUUUCAGCAGUACCUUAUCAUGUGUUAAAAUUAGUUGUUUCAUGUUUCAGUCCUUUAAGGCAAACAUCACUGUGCUAAUUUAUUUUAUAUUUUCAAACACACCAAAUUUCAACACUUAAAAAGCUUUAUAAUAAUAUAAAGCUAACAAUAAACUAUUAGCUGAAUCCUCUGUGUUAAACUCAGUUUAUCAUUAGUGUGGUCAGGCAGUGAUGUUGGAUAAAGAGACCUGGGCAGUGGGAUUAAGGUCAGGACUCUGGGCAGGAUACUCAAGUUCUUACACACUAACAUCAGCAUGUCUUUAUGGUGCUCACUUUGUGGCACUGUCAUGCUGGAACAGGUUUGGGCUAGGCCUGUUAGUUCCACUGUAGAUAAUUCAUUAUUGACUGCAG